AAAAUUUCAAACAAAUAAUAUGUAGUGGUACACUCAUCUUAAGACCACAUUUAAAAUGUGCGUCUUUUUCUAAGUUUGAGAUCUGAUUUUAACGUUUAAUUAAUUUUCAUAAUUUUCCAUCCUGACGUAAAAAUGUCGACCUAAUUUCGCAAGAAAUCGAGCCAUUGUACAAAAAAUAUUUUCAUGAAGCUACAUGCAUAAUAAGAUAAGUCGACAUCUCGAAUAUGAGCUGGACAGAGGCUGCGCCAUGGCGACUUAACUUAUUUUAGGUUCAUAUUUCAUAAAUGAACAUAAUUUUCACUCCUUGCCGUCCAGAAAACUCGCCCCAUUAUUCUUUCGGUCAGUUUUUGGGAUAAAAAUUAAAAAUGCGUCAAAUUUGCAAGUCAAGAUUUGCUUCUAAAUUUGCGCUAUCAGGAAUUGUUGUAUUAAUAGUUUUUCUAUCCACAUAUCAAUGGCUUUUUUCGAGGGAUGUCUUAUUUUCCAGAAAUCAGGUCAAUUCUAUCGACCAAGGGACGAGCUACGUGGAGAUUAACUUUGAUCGGUUGGACCAGCACGAUCCGGAACUGAUUCGAUACACGAGAACAAGAUAUUUGUCGCCACCCCCACCACAAUAUGUGCCAUAUCGGUUAAAUAACCCCAAAAAUCCGGAGACCGGGCAUGGAAAGUGGGCCAGAAAAUUUUUUAAGAACAAGAGGAGCGGGACCUUCCUGGAGGCGGGCGCAAACGAGGGAGAACACCACUCUCACACGCUCUUCCUGGAAACUGACCUCAACUGGACGGGGCUCUUGAUCGAGUGCAAUCCAACCGUGGCGUCGUAUUUGCGAACGAAAAAAAGGAAAUCGUGGACUGCCAGCGUUUGCAUUUCGACAUCAGCACAGCCGAAAAUUGUGAAUUUUUCCAACCCUGAAAAGUGGUCGUACAGUGGGCGUUUAGGGGCCGCUUGGAAUCUGCCUAUUCCCACGAAUUGGACCUAUUUUGACGUCGAGACAGUCCCACUUUACACGAUUAUCGCGGCUGCAGGAUUUAAGGAAAUUGAUUUCUUCUCGUUUGAUGUGGAAGGCGUGGAAAGGGACGUUUUGAGAGAUUUCCCAUUCGAUAAGAUUCGUUUCAAGUUGAUGAUCAUAGAAGUGUAUUUUCUAAACGAGACGGAACGUACUGAAUUGGAUGAGUUUUUGGACGGGCAUGGCUACACGGUACUAGAGAGACAAGUUGAUGACCAUAUUUAUGCCCAUAAGUCAGUCUUGGCCCAACGUGCACCCCAUUCUGGGUGAAAUUUGUAAAAAUUCAAAUAAAAAACAAGU